AUGGAGCGGCUGGGCCGGCGCUCGGGGCCGGCAGCGCGGCUUGACGUCGUCCUCCGCCACCUCUGCCCGCCCGACAGAGCGCCGGCGCCCACCGCCAUUCCGACUUCAGCACAAGUUAGUGCCGCUACUCAGCCGGGAAGGUUUCGCUACACCCUGGACAACAGUCUUCUAACCACAGAGCAAAGGCAGUUCUAUGAAGAGAACGGCUACCUGGUCAUUAGGAAGCUGGUUUCUGAUGAAGACAUUGAACGCUUCAGGAAGGAAUUCAUAAGGAUCUGUAACAAGGAGGUAAAGCCACUGGGAGCAAUGAUUAUGAGAGACCAAGUGCUGAGGUCCCAGGCUGCUCCACCUGAAAAAAUAAUCAAUAAAGUGCAGGACUUCCAGGAAGAUGAAGAAUUGUUCAGAUACUGCACUCUGCCACAGAUUCUCAAAUAUGUAGAGUGCUUCACGGGGCCAAACAUAAUGGCAAUGCACACAAUGCUGAUAAAUAAACUUCCAGAUUCUGAUAAGCAGACCUUCCGCCAUCCCAUGCACCAGGACCUGCACUACUUCCCCUUCCGCCCCGCGGAGCGCAUCGUGUGCGCCUGGACCGCCAUGGAGAGGGCCCACAGGGACAACGGCUGCCUCGUGGUGCUGCCGGGCACACACACGGAGCCCCUCAAGCCCCACGGCUACCCAGACUGGGAGGGUAAAAACAAAUUGUUUCACGGAAUUCUUGACUUUGAUAASAACAGCCCCAGGGUUCACGUCGUCAUGGAAAAGGGAGACACYGUCUUCUUCCACCCCCUGCUCAUCCAUGGCUCCGGAGUGAACAAGACGUCAGGUUUCCGAAAGAGCAUAAGCUGUCACUUUGCCAGCUCAGAGUGCCACUACAUUGACGUCAAGAACACUGUCCAAGAAGACAUUGAGAAAGAAACAGUAGAAAUAGCACGUGCAAAAUUUAAUGUGACUGCUGUGGACCUCAAGGAUAUAUGGAGCUUCCGAGCACGGCUCGUGCAAGGGGAAAGAAUGAAUCUCUAGAACAGCCUCUGAAGACCASGAUGGGAAAUGUGUGCCUGAAGGGCCCCUCGGUUGACCUCUGUAUUGGUAACUUAUCCAAAGACUGCACUACAAGUUCACUUUAUGCUAACCUAAAGUAAUUGCACUGAUGUUUAACAGCUAAUGUACUUCAAAGAAAAUUCAGCCUGCAAAAUCUGAGAGUUGUAGUUAGUUAUUUUAGGCAAUCAAAGAAUUAUGGUCUUGAAAGAUCACCUUCACUUUUUGAUGUUUUCAUUUCUGGUUUUUGAAGGUCUCUCAUGUGGCAUACUUUCAGGCUGACACUAUAUUAAUAUAAGAUUUUAUGCGAGCUUAUGUUUUUUUAAAGUUCCCAAGUCCAUUUUCCACACAAAGAAAAUACAACGAAUCAGGAUUUCAUGCAAGGAUGUAAUAGGAUCUCGUGGGGGAAGUUAAUGCAGCUGAUGAAGGUGGUAUUAUUGAAACCAGAAGCAAGGGUGGAAGGAGGUGUGUGAUGGAUAGAAAAAUGGGGGAUUCGUGGUCUAGAACAUGAUCCAUGGAUACAGUUCCUCUAACAUGAGCUGCUGAGUGGUGCUAGCAGGGAUGGAUGGAGUAUUUGAUAGGGCUGGAGAAUGCCUGGAACAGAAAACCAACCUCCUCAAGGCUCCUUAAAAUUGUCUAAAUGGUCUCCUG